UCAUUAAUCAUAGGCGGGAUAUCCUCUUCCGCACAUCGUUCCAGAACGGAAGUCGACUGUGUUCUAGCAGUUAGCCAGUUGCUAGCUAAUUUCAAAUUUGCUGUUACAGUUUUUUGGUCGCCAAUACCACCCACCUAAUUAAAGGUGUCAUCAUGGCCCGAGAACCGAUGGGGAAGGUUCUACUCCGUAAUGUAAUCCGUCAUACCGAUGCCCACAAUAAGAUCCAGGAGGAGUCAGAGAUGUGGAAGAUGAGGGACAUGGAGAAGACAUCAUGCCACAAACAGAUGCCAGUCAUGGAUGGAAACAGGGGCCACAUGCAUUGUGAUCGUAUUGGGAGUGAAUCCAGAGCUCGUUCUGGGAGCCAGGAACGUAGCUCAGGCCAAAACGAGCGCGAGGCUCGCUACUGGACGCGCAAACUCUACGAGUUUGAAGCCAAGGAUCCUGACAGAUGGGGACACAGUGGUUUCAAGGAGUUGUACCCAGAGGAGUUCCGGAUAGAAGGAGAAGGUGGUGCAGGUGACAAGAAUAAUAAGCAUCGGAAAAAGAAAAAGUCCAAGUUCACCUCGGAGACAGACAGGUCGAAAAGCUCCAAGAAAUCCUCGAAGAAAAAGAAGAAGAAGAAGAAGAGGAGAGAUGGGAAGCGGAAGAGUGCGGACGCGUCGGGGAACGAGUCCAGGGACGAGGGAAGCGCCGACGAGACAAAAAAGCAGAAGAGGAAAAGUAGUAAGAGCAAACCCAGGAGGGAGAGGAGCAGAGGGAGAGAGGAGGAGAGCAGCUCAGAGGACAGUGAUGGAGAGGGAGAGGGAAGGGGGAGGACUCAGAUCCAUGGCAAACGUCAGAGGAACUCUGACAGGGGCCCUCAACCAGGACUGGAGACGCACAAGAAGAGAAGAAAAAACUGGAAAGCUCCAAACGAGGAGAGAUCAGAGGGGAGUUCUGAUGAAUGAUCUGGUUUUCUGGCACCUGCCUGCUCUGAGAAGCGCCCUCGUCCGGCUCCUCUCAUCUCCCUCUGUUUCUGGGUGAAUCAGCUGUGGCACAGCAUCGGUAAAAGAAGACUACAUCAGAGUCCAGAUUACCCUUAUGAUAAUGCCCGGUUCCUGUUUUCUAUCCUUCCCAAGGUUACACCUGGUCCCAAAUACCCCCUUCUGUUGAACAUGCUCUCCCUCAUGUUCUGUAGCUGAGCUUUCAACCAGUCCAGGCUCUGACUGGAGAAAACUAUGGAGUGUCAUUAUCCCUUUCAGAGCAUUGUUCUGUCUUGUACUUUUUUCAGCUUUGUCCAGUCCUGUGUUGGCCAUCCCAUGGGCGCUUUGUUUACAGCAAUACCUCACAGAGGCCUGAAACACAGCGGGCCCAUAGGGAUCUACCGGGACUCACGUCUGCACAAAGAUGGAUGCAUGCCACGUCAUCAACCUCUUCUGCUCGAGAGAGUUCUAUUGAUUAUGGAUUCUGGAUUAUGCUUUCACACGGAGCUGUUGAAUUUUACCAUCAUAUCACAAACAUGUAAAUAUGGGGACAUUCUAUACAGACUUUUCUGUACCAAUAAGGGCAGGUUUUAUAAAUGUAUUAUUUUUCGUAUUUAUAUUUUUAAUGUAUUUUAUAACAAUCAGUGUAUGUCAGUUUAGAACUGCACAUCUGGUAAAUAAAAUGUAUUUUUUAACUGCUUCA